AUGCAGCUCUCGUCGAGCAUUGAGACCGCGACGCCCUUCGUCUUGACCUUUGACGUGACCAGCACACAGUCGGCCAUGCUCGUCCAUGAAGACCACAAGCGGCACGCGGCCGUGGCUGAAGCACGCUUCCUUCUCAACGGAGCCGAGUACAUUGAGUUUGAGCUCGCGUCCAGCAAGCCCCGCGCACCGUCGUCGCCCUUGUACUUUGGCGCCGUCGUCCACGUCGUGUCCAAGGUGCAUGGCCAAAAACGGUACCUCUGCGGGUCGUCGUUUCGCCGAGGUUUGCGCUGGUCGUCCGCAAGGUCCUCCAAAGGCCUCUUUCGCUUCGUGUCCCAAGACCACCUCGGCGGCCCGCUCCAGAUCCAGGAUGACUUUUGCCUCCAAAGCGUCAAGUGGCCAACGUACUUUGCGAGCUUUCAGCGACAGAGUUCUGCGCACGCGCUCGGUCGACUCGUGCUGAAACGCAGCAUGGCACACGCUGUGGCCUUCUCCGCGCUCAACGCGAUGCAUCGGGAGUUUAUGCUCUCGAGUCUUCGCCACCCUAUCGCCCGCGACGACACCAUCCCGACCGUCUACGUCUCGGAGCACUCGUUCGACACGGACAUUGAGCUCGAUGAUGACAACUCGGAAGUCGACGAAGCGAUCUUUGUUCUUGAUACGUUGCCCACCAAUGGAAGUGUGCACUAUUCGUCGGGACGGCUAGCUACGUCCGACGACGCGCUGCCGGUCGCCUACCGCGCCGACUGGCAGCGCCACUCGGCCCCAACCGCAUGCAGUGCGUGAGUCCUUAUCGCUCUAAUAUUAUUUUUCUUAUUGCUCCAUUUCCCUCUCGCCAAGCUUUUCCGUCCGGUCGAGCUUCCCCAGAGAGCAACACACGGAUAUCGGUAUCGACGGGAUAGGGUGCCAGCCAAAAC